AUGACAUAUUUAAUUAAUGAUAUCAUCAACAAGGGCAAUGAGGAUGCAGAUUGCAAUACUAGUAUUGGUAGUGAUGAGUCUGAAGCAGAGGUUUGUAGUGAUGAGGAUGAUGAAGAUGAGACCACUGAUGAGAGCAAAGAUGAGGCUAUUCACUAUAAUAGAGAUAGUGAUGAUGAACUCUGUGAGAAGCAUUAUCAUAGAAAGCAAAACAAGCUUAGAGUUCUAAGACAAAAGGCAUUAAAUAAAAAUCCCGAUGAAUUUUAUUUUCAUAUGAUCAAUUCUGAAAUACAGGAUGGAAUACAUAGAGAAAAGGACAAACCUGAAGAAUAUACUGAUGAUCAGUUAAAACUAAUGCAAACCCAAGAUAUUAAUUAUAUUAAUUACAAACAAAGUACAGAAAUAAAGAAAAUAGAUAAAUUACAAUCUGGUCUUCAUCUAUUAGAUAUAGAGGAUAAGCCUGCAAAUAAGCAUGUAUUUUUUGUUGAUAUGAAAAAAGAAGUGAAAAACUUUGACAUAGCAAAUAGAUUGGACACUCAUCCAAGUCUUUUAAAUAGGACCUAUAAUCGUCCAAGAUUAAAAACUCUACAAGAAAUGAAAUUAUCUGAUGUUGAUGAUGAAAGUUUAGAGACUAUAUUGAAGCAAAGAAGAAAGCAAUAUGAUGAAUUAGAAAAGAGAAUUCAUCGAGAGAAUGAACUUUCAAUUCUAAGUCAAAAAAUGGCAAUGAAGAAAUUAUUAUUGAAUAAAAAAGAUCCUCCAUUUAAGAAAGUCAAAGAAGGUUCUAAAGAAGCUCCUCCAAUUUAUCAAUGGAGCAAAGAGAGAAAGAAAUGAUUUAUAAAUAUCACUUAAAUAAAAUUUCUGUUUAAUAAUUGUUGCAAAAUAAAAUAUUUUUGAAAGUGGAUUAUCUGUAUUUAUAUUAAAAUUGUCUU